AUGUUUGUUGGCGUCACCAUCGCCGGCAGUCAACUGAGGUCUAAUCUGAAGUAUCACAAUGUCAGUUCUCCCAAACUGCUGACUCUGGGAAAAGCUUUAGCUCCAGGGUAUCUGAGAAUCGGUGGCUCGUCACUGGACUACAUGGUGUUUGACCCGACCCACAACAUUGCUACUGGAGACCAGUUCCAGCUCCCAGCAAACACCUGGGAUGAUCUUAACAUGUUUGUUCACAAGAUUGGCUUCAAACUGGUGAUUGGUCUCAACCUGGUGCUCCGCAACGGAACGAGGUGGAAUCCAUCAAAUGCAAAGCUGCUGCUCAAAUAUUCCUCUGACAAAGGAUAUCCUUUUGCAGGGAUUGAACUAGGAAAUGAUUUUUAUAUCGUGCUUGCUGAAUUUAUUUUAAUUGUACCUAUUUUUCAUAUUUAUUUCCGACAUCGGAACAUUACAAUCAGUGAUGCUCAGGUGGCAAGUGACUUCAAGGACCUAAAACAAGUCCUCCAAAGAACGGCCUAUAAGUCUAGUCUCAUCCUUGGACCUGACAUAGCCGGUUAUAAAGACAAGUUCAUUAAAAACUUCCUGUCCUUGGGUGGAGCCAGUGUCAUAGACGUCUUGACCAUCCAUCAUUACUACUUUGAUGGACACACCGCCAAACUCGAAGACUUUUCUGACUAUACAAUAAUGGACCGUCUUAUACCUGAACUACAGUCAGUGAUGAAUACAGUCCGAAGCUAUCAUGGUCUGGUGGCGUGGCUAGGGGAGACUUCUUCUGGCUAUGGGGGCGGCACUCCUGGUAUAGGCGAUAGAUAUGUGGCAGGCAAUCUGUGGCUUGAUAAACUAGGUGUAUCAGCAAAAUAUGGUUUUAAAAGGGUCCUCCGCCAGUCACUCUUUGGAGGGCAUUACUCGCUUACUGACAGCAAUAACGACCCUACUCCUGACUAUUGGUUGACGCUUCUUUACAAGAGACUUGUUGGCAACAAAGUAUUUGAUGUUCCAUCUUCAUCUACCAGCAUCCGACUGUAUGCACACUGUACGAAGCUUAACAACGUAUAUAACUACAAGCCUGGAAGCAUCACAGUGUAUGCCCUCAACUUGAAUAAAGACCCCAUACUCCUAACUAUAUCGGAUCUGAACAUCAAUAGCAUGGACAGAUUCUGGCUGACUCCGGAGGGAGGAGACCUAACGUCAACAAAAGUCCAACUCAAUGGCAAAACUCUGGAACUUGUCAAUAACCAAAUACCACACAUGAUGCCAAGAUCUUUGGGAAGUGGGACGAUGAAAGUACCCGGAAACUCCUUCGGCUUCAUCGUCAUCCCUGACGCCAACAUCGCGGCAUGCCAAUCACAAGGCCACGGUACCAUUAUCGGAUAACUGAACCAGCAUUAUUUUCCUAUUACGUUUAAAUAAAUUAUUUACAAAGGC